AGCCUGGCGACCCCUCGGUGGGCUCUGCAUCCAUGUGGGGUUUGGUUCUCCGGAUGCUGAUGCGUUCUUAGGCUGCGGGAGGCUCUGCUGAGGAGCAGGGAAGGUUUGGAGGUGACAGCGAUGAGUGGGGUGAAGGUGACAGCCCUGGGGUGUCUCUCCAAGCUGCUGAAAAGCCUCAGGGCUGUGCCAGCACGGCCCUGCAGCCUGGCUGCCUGCUCCCGGAAAAACACCAGGAAUGCUGCCUUGCAUCCGCUGUGGCAGAGCCCACUGACAAUUCCCGGAGGUACCCGCCAGUCUCCCAUCAACAUCCAGUGGAGGGACAGUGUUUAUGAUCCCUUCCUGAAGCCUCUAAAAAUCAGCUACGACCCCACCACCUGUCUUCACAUCUGGAACAAUGGCUACUCCUUCCUGGUGGAAUUUGAUGAUUCUACUGAUAGGUCAACCAUCGUUGGAGGCCCUUUGGAAAACCAGUACAGGCUGAAGCAGUUCCACUUCCACUGGGGAGCUAUCAACGACUGGGGCUCAGAGCACACAGUUGACUGUAAAUUUUACCCAGCAGAGCUGCAUUUGGUGCACUGGAAUGCUGUGGAGUACCCGAGUUUUGAGGAAGCUGUGAUGGAAGGGAAUGGCCUGGCUGUUAUUGGAGUGUUCCUAAAGCUGGGAGCACGGCACGAGGGGCUGCAGACCCUGGUGGAUGCCUUGCCAGCAGUCAGACACAAGGACACUGUGAUUGAGUUUGAUGUCUUUGAUCCCUCGUGCCUGAUCCCUUCCUGUCCUGAUUACUGGACCUACGCCGGCUCCUUGACCACUCCCCCCCUCACUGAAUCAGUCACAUGGAUCAUUAAGAAGAAGCCAAUCGAGGUGGAUGAGGAUCAGCUGGAGGCCUUUCGGACGCUGCUGUUCACGUCGCACGGGGAGGAGGAGAGGAGGAUGGUGGACAACUUCCGCCCGCUGCAGCCGCUGAUGAACCGCACUGUGCGCUCGUCCUUCCGUCCCCAGCUCGGCCCUUAGCUGGCCCAGCGUCCCCAGCCCUGCCUGCACAGCAUUUCCCAGCAUUGCUCCUUCUCUCCCUGCCUGCCAGUGCUCCCUGGCUGGCCCUAGGGAAGCUCUGGGGUGGCACACUACUCACACACGGACGAUAGAUGUAAAAGGGGAAAGAACUUAAAGAGAGGAUUUAUUUCCUGACUCCACUACAGAAUAGUAAAACUGACAGUGGAUUGGUGGAUUGCCACCUCUCCAGCUACACUGCUUAAACUAACAGUCUAUCAAUUCCCUCUACUUACAAAGAAGAAUGUAAAACAGUCAUUAUUCACUUGAACAGUGGGAGAAGAUUCAGUAGAAAUAUGUAAGCAUCAGAAGGCAUAAGAAACUUUUAGAACUUUAAAACUCUCAAAAAAACAAAGUAACAGUGGGGUUUUUUAGUUUUGCUUUAGUUUUUAAGAAGUGAAUAAUAUUAACCCUUAACAAAUUGAAUUGUUCCGAGGCAGGGGUCAAGAAGGAAUUAUUAAGACAGUUAAAAACAGGGAUAGGAGAGCUUGUCCCCUGCUCUUCUCUGAAUUGUUCUGUGUUUCUUCAAAUGCUCUUUCAGUGCCUUUCAUGAAUCAAUAAUCCUGGGUAAAAAAAAUGUUUAGAAGCAGGAAGUGGGAAGAAAAGAAAAAUAUCAGUACCAGAUUGAUCAGAUCCUUUUAGGGAAUUGUUUGAUGUCUGGGAAGAGAACUAGCUUGUCUCAGAGACAUUGUACCUUCUUCCUUUCUCCUUGGAUGAGAGGACAAGGACAAAAAUGCCAUUCCGUGUUUGAUGUGGGUGUCACAGAAUGCCCACUGUAACUACACCAGGAGCCAGAAGACUUUUUCUAAAACCCUUUAACAACUCUAGAAGCUUUUGGCUUUGGCAGCUUUUGUUUUCCCGUGUUAAUAAUCUGUCAGUAGAAGGGAGGAGAAGAGAAUUCACCAGUGCCUCAAAACUGGCAGGAGUAGCAAAUCAGGUGAAAAUGUCCAAUUGAUCCCAGGAAACUGAUCACAUCAAAGGAAAGCAAGAUUAGAUAAGGCCCAGCUGACCCUUCCAGUGGGAUCAGGAGGGCAAAAACCCAAACUAAUUCCUCAAACCAGUGCAAGGAAAGGGUUUUUAUUUCAAUAACUCACUGAGCGCCUGUGCUCUCUUCAAAGUUUUGCCUUGAGAUAUAUUUUCCUAUAAAAACGUCCAGCUUCAGGACCAGUGGGGACCAGUUUGUUUUUAUUGCACCUUAUGGUAACAAGGUCCAGCGGGGGUGGAAUUGAUUUGUGGACCAAGCAGAGCUGCUGUGUGAGCUGCCAGCUCCGAGCCUUUCCCAGGAGCUGUGGUCCAGCAGCCCCAGGGAUCAGUGACCUCUCACAUCCCACUAAACCUAAUUUUCUCUCAGCCCCUUUCUCUCUGUCCCUUCACACUCUGCUGUAUUUAGCAGAUAAAAUUCCUUAACCAGGUUUCUGAUGAGGAGCAGCUCUGCCUGUGAACUCCCUGUGUGAUUUCCAUGGGUCCAGUCUCUUUCCUCCCUCUGUCUGAUUCCUGGUGGGAUUCAGUGAAGCCACAGCCUGGCUUGGCAAUGCUAAAUCCAUCCCUUUCCAAUUGGUACUUUGGUUUUUUUGAAGUCCAAGUACUCAGUUUCAAAGCACUUUAACACUUUUCAGCAUGACCCUGAUGAUAUUAAGGGUUUGAGAUAAUGUUGAGCCAGUUGAGUGCCCAGAUCCUGCCUUUCCUUCCUCAAUAGCUCUACCUCAGGCUGUUCUGGUGCCUCAGUUGUGCCUUUGUCCCCUUCAACGUGGCCACUUCAAUUGAGUGACUCUGGCUGCUGAAAGGAAGGAAAUCUCCCUCUAUCCCAGUGUAGGAUAUUUUUCCUGUUGGGAAUUCAGUGGAGCUCUUUGCUUUCUCCACUUCCCCCAAGCCCACCCUGCCUGGGGGAACGUUUCCAUCCUGGUUGUGCCAUUUCCCUUUGGAUGGAGCUGGGAUUAUCCUGGGAUAGUGGCAGGAAUGGCACUGGAUAAGCUUUAAUGUCCUUUCCCACCUAAACCAUUCCAUGAUUUUCUGAUUCCAUGAUCUCAGCUGAACUCUGCAGGCUUUGCCAUCAUCACACAGAUUUUUAGCUACAAGUCCACAUCAGUGAUGAUUUUUCUGGAGAAUGAUACAUCCCAAAACAAAGCUGGAAGGAGUAUCUCCAGUCCAGUAAAAAUUAUUUUACUUUUUGCCUGAAUAUAUAAUAAUUAUGGUCCAGUCAUUAAGUCUGAGAUACUUAUUCAGUGCUGUUCUUGCAGACACUUUCUGAGGAGGACUCUGGAGAAAGAUGGCAGCAGCUCAGAUAUUUUCUACUCAUUAAUAGAAAAAAUUGUAAUACAAAGGCAUCUUAAUGUUGCCUUUUAUUUAAAAACAGAACUGUCUCAGCAGCACUGGGCUGUAGAUGCAUCAAUCUCCUUAUAAUUUAUGAAUGGAUCUUUUAAAAAGCUUUUGUAAUUGCUUUUGUAAUUUCCACCGAGUUUUUGGAUUUCUCUGAUCCACUGAGAAGAAUCACCAUUCAAUGUAGCUUUCCCAACAAACCCAAAAAGCAGAUUAUUUUAGGGAUCUGCCAGGGUGUAACUAUUUAACUUCAGCUUCUCUGGAGCUCUGUAGCAGUCUCACACUCACUGAGUUCUCCAUGGUUUGCUCCACUCGAUCAGAUUUUCCCUUCUGGAUGUGUAAAUCCCUUUUGAACCACCCUGCAUCCAUCAGAGGGAAUGUGGGAUUUUCCCUUCCCAGUGAUCCAGUUAAAGUUCUCAGAGAGAUUUAUUUAAAAUUCUCCCAGAGAUUUACUUUGUUCAAGUAUUGCCAUGGAAGCUUUGUUAGAGAAUAGUGAAUUACCCAGUGAUACAGUUAAACUGUGUCCAUAUUUCCAUCAAAUCACGCCUAUUUUUACUGACAUAAAAUGAAGAAAUUCCAGUUUCAGCACUGAUCACUUCAAAUACCUGGAAACAAGGUUAAUGUAGAUAAAAAAUAACUACUGUCUUACAAAAAAAAAAAAAAAGUUUUACAGGGUUUUACAUUUAUUUUACUGUUUCUUGAUGUUCUUAAUGUUUACUGCAUUUAUGUAUAGUGUUUUAGCAUCUCCUUAAGGCAGGCAGGAGAUCAGCUGCAGGGUAGAUUGUUGGAAUUGAUCUGGAAAUUAACAUACUGAGGGUUUUUUGUUUGUUUUUUCCAAUUCUAACUUUUUUGUUAGAAUGACUUUAUUGACCUUGUGAAUGUAAAGUUUAGGAAAAUAAUUGUGUUCAAAUCAAGAGAUGGGAUAGAAUUCCUGUGCCUUGUUCUCUCAGUUCUGUGUGGAAAAAUUAUUUGAUUGUUGGGUUAGAGCUGAUUUUGCACAAUUAAGUUAAAAAGGAAUCUUUGGGCUCUUUUGGGUGGCACAAUACAAAAGGGUCAAAGCACAUAUUUGUAUUUUCCUUGCAUAAGAGUCACUUUAUUAGUAAAUACUGCCCUGGGAGGCAUUCCUGGGGCAGCAAGUCCCAGGAAUUAAAGACUGUGCCAGGAAUAAUUCUGAGACAACUCCCUGCAAAGGGAGGAGAAGGUUUGGAGGUCUGUGCUGGUCUGAUCCCAGCUGCCUUUCAGGAUUCCUCUGAAAUGCUGCUCUCACCUUGUCCUGGGUGACUCACAGUGGGGACACCUUCCUCUGGGGUUGGAAUGUUUGAUCCCUGUUCCUGCAUUCCAGAACUUUCACUCUUCAGGUGCUCCUGCCCACUUUUGUGCUGCCUUUUCUGUCAGGGAUGACAGGAGGGUCUCCCCUGGUUUUGGAAGCUCCAGAACUGGAGUUUGCUUUGAUCUCCACAGGGUUUUAGAGGGCUGGAAUUCUGCUUUGGAUGAAGGGUCCCCUCAUGCCUUAAUUUGAGAUGUUUUAACUUGUAUUUCCUGGCACAUCUUGGCUUUUCUUUUUUCUUUGUGCAUCUCGUUUUUGUGGCCUUUAUGAUGUUGUGUAUUUAAUGUGUGUUACCUGUCUGAUCGUAACUGAAAUCACUGUCUGCAGACAGCACCUGAACAGGGAAUACUUUAUGUUUUCCUGGGAUACAGGCCCUUCCCCAGAGUUUUUCCCUAAUGUAUAGAACCCUUCAGCUGCUGCAUUUUACAUUGUUACAUUAGUGUGCAACUACAAUAAAGGAACAGAGAAACCCA